GCUGUGCGCGCUAAGCGACCCGGGAAAAGCAGCGGUACUUUAUUCCCACCCGCAUUCCGGAUAACCCCGCCCGCUGCGCUUCUAUUGGCUCACACUGCCCCGCAUCCCGCUCCUCGAUUGGCUAGCAGCUCGUGUUGAAGACAAAUGAGGCGGAGUUAUCCGGAAAACGGGUGGUAAAUAAACAGCAGAGCGAAAUGUCUCAGCUCUUCAUCACAGCAGCGGAGUGAUGUUCCGGAGCUCUGAAGCUGAAGCUCAGUGAGGAGAAGCAGCUAAUCUCAGCCCAGACCCAUGUCCACCUUCAGCGACUCGGGCUUCGAGGAGGAGCUGCAGAGCCCGUCUCCCCGCGGCCUCCCCGCGGAGCAGCCGGACAGACUGACCGCGGACUGCCAUCAGGAGCUCAGCUAUGACGAGAGCUGCUUCACCAUCCAGAAGAACAACCAGCUGAAAUUCCUCGCUCUGGGCUGUUUAUCUCGACAACCACAGAUCACACCCGAAGCACGGUGCAAACUGGUGAGCUGGCUCAUAGCUGUUUAUAAACACUUCAGUGUCUCCUUUGAAUCCUGCUGCUUGGCCGUGAAUAUAAUGGAUCGUUUUUUGGUCACCACGUCUGUGGCUGCUGACUGUUUCCAGCUGCUCGGUGUGACAGCCUUACUGAUCGCUACAAAACAUGUGGAGGUGUGCUCUCCUCGCAUCAAGCAGCUGCUCUCACUCUGCUGCAACUCCUUCUCCAGAGAGCAGAUGUGCAAUCUAGAAUGUCUCAUUCUUGUCAGACUCAACUUUCGCCUGGCUGCACCAACCCUCGCUUUCUUUCUCGACUACUUUAUCAGUAAGGAGUUAUCCUGUAAAAUGAUCAGUGAUCAUGAGGGCAGCGACUACAAAGGCUUUAAACUCACUGAAGACCAGCUUUCCACCAUGAAGAGGUUUAAAUGUUUUGCCCGCAGAGUCUGUGAGCUGAGUCUGGCGGACUACGCUUUCAACAGGUAUCAGCCCUCUGUGAUUGUGCAGAGCGCCAUCAGUCUGACAAAGGACCUGUUAAGAACACACCUGAAACAGUCGUCACUCCAACACACCAAUGCUUUAGAGACAUUAGACUUACUAUCUAUUGGAGAUCAUGAAUUACACGACUCAGACAGUCAUUCUUUAACUCUACAAUGCACUGAAGAGCUCAGGCUGUUGGUGUCCCUCAAUCAAGAGUCAAUUCAGAAUCUGCUAACACUGUAAAACAACACUGUAAUCACCCCUA